GUUCCUGCCAGGAGCCCCGGGCUGUCCGCGGUGCUCGGCCCCGCCUACGUGGGCUCGUGAAGGGCCAAUUGGCAAGUUCCGGCCUCCCAACUUGUGGGAAGCGCGGGGGUGGCUCCGCCCCGUCCCACCAGAUCUCGGGGUCGGUGCUGGCCAAUUAGGGCUGGGUCCGCUGGGCUCGUGAUGGCCGCCUGAGGGGCGAGUGCGCGAGAGCAAGGGCCGGGAUUCCGGCCGGGCACGCGAGCCGGCGCGGACGGUUGGAAACGGCGGCGUGUGAGGUAGGUGCGCGGCAUUAUUCUCUACGUUCCCCUUUAGGUAUUUGGACAUUGUUGCUGAAUAAUGGGGGAGAUAGAAGGAACGUACAGAAUACUGCAGACUCCUGGUUCUCGUUUGGGAGUCCAGAAGAAUACUGGAGUGAGUACGCUGGAGCCAGAGCAAAACCUUUCUACAGCAAUGGCAAUGACACCUGCCAAAAUGCACGAGAGGGAUCUACCGAUCAAAAUAAAACUGUUGGACAACACUGUGGAAGUACUUAAUGUUGAGUCCAAGUGCUAUGGCCAGACGUUGCUGACAGAGGUUUAUAAGCAUUUGAAUUUAGCUGAGUCCGACUACUUUGGAAUUGAGUUCCAGAACAUCCAAUCAUAUUGGAUUUGGCUUGAACCUAUGAAACCUAUCGUUAAACAAGUACGAAGACCAAAGAACACAGUGCUUCGUCUAGCUGUAAAGUUUUUCCCUCCUGACCCUGGUCAGCUGCAAGAGGAAUACACCAGGUAUCUGUUUGCAUUACAAAUCAAGAGAGACUUGGCAGAGGAACGACUAACCUGCAGUGACAACACAGCAGCUCUGAUCAUCUCUCAUCUUUUGCAGUCGGAGAUUGGGGAUUUUGAUGAAUCUGGGGAUCGUGAUCACCUAAAAACAAAUCAAUACUUGCCAAACCAGGAAAGAGUACAAGGAAAGAUACUGGAUUUUCACAGGAAGCACUUGGGCCAAACUCCUGCUGAGUCAGAUUUCCAGGUGCUUGAAAUUGCUCGGAAACUGGAGAUGUAUGGCGUUAGAUUCCACCUUGCAUCUGACCGCGAGGGGUCAAAAAUUAGCCUGGCUGUUUCACACAUGGGCGUACUAGUAUUCCAGGGUACCACAAAAAUCAACACCUUCAACUGGUCUAAGGUCCGUAAAUUAAGCUUCAAGAGAAAAAGGUUUCUUAUCAAGCUACACCCAGAAGUCCAUGGUCCAUAUCAGGAUACACUGGAGUUUCUGUUUGGCAGUAGGGAUGAGUGUAAAAACUUCUGGAAAAUCUGUGUGGAAUAUCACACUUUCUUCAGGCUGUUUGAUCAGCCAAAACCAAAGGCUAAAGCAGUCUUCUUCAGCAGAGGGUCUUCAUUCAGAUACAGUGGACGAACACAGAAACAACUGGUGGAUUAUGUUAAAGACAGUGGGAUGAAGAAAACUCCCUAUGAAAGGAGGCACAGCAAAGCUAGAGUAUCUGCUCACACUUCGAACACAGAUGUGCCAAAACAGAGUGUCUCAUUUACUGAGGGCUUAGGUGCUCCUGGGUCCCAUGCCUCAGUAUCUGCCUCCUUCCCUUCAGUUUAUACAUCAUCCACUACCACUACUGACGUGCCCAUCUGUAUGGAGAUGAAUCAUUCCUUCUUGGAUCCCAGAGCACCGUAUAUGAGGAGUCCAACAUCAGAAAAGAGUAUUGCAGUACCAACUGAAGAAACUGGGAAGAAAGCAACACAGCAGCCUGGAUCUCCCAUACUCCAAUCAUUCCAAGGCCUCUCAAUGGACCACCUUCAGCUCUCUUCCUUCACAUUGAAGAGUCCACAGAGCUUGAACCCCACAUUUCAAGUGAAUUUGAACCCAGCUAGCCAGGGUUCAUCUCCUCUUCUGAGUCCUGUCCUGAGUGAUGCUGGCAGUGCCCGGGUAGAAGAGGAAGAGGAAGUAAAACGCAAGCGAUAUCCAACAGAGAAGGUGUAUUUCAUAGCAAAGGAGAUUCUUGCUACUGAACGGACAUAUGUGAAAGACCUAGAAGUCAUUACAGUAUGGUUCCGCAGUGCAGUCAUCAAGGAGAACGCCAUGCCUGAAGGUCUGAUGACACUGCUCUUCUCUAAUAUAGAUCCAAUCUAUGAGUUUCACCGAAGUUUCCUGAAAGAGAUGGAGCAGAGGGUAGCACUCUGGGAAGGACAAUCCAACUCUCAUGUGAAAGGAGAUUAUCAACGGAUUGGAGAUGUCAUGCUGAGGAACAUGUGCAUGCUGAAGGAGUUUACCAGCUACUUGCAGAAACAUGAUGAGGUCCUGACAGAACUGGAGAAAGCAACUAAGCACUUAAAGAAACUGGAAAUGGUUUAUAAGGAGUUUGAAUUGCAGAAGGUUUGCUAUCUGCCACUCAACACUUUCCUGCUCAAGCCCAUCCAGCGGCUGAUACACUACAAGCUGAUCCUGGGGAGACUUUGCAAGCAUUACACAGUAGAACACCAGGACUAUGCCGACUGCAGGAAUGCACUGAAGGAGGUUACAGAGAUGACAUCUCAGCUCCAAAACAGCCUGAUCCGCCUGGAGAAUUUCCAGAAGCUGACAGAGCUACAACAUGACUUGAUUGGCAUUGAUAACCUCAUAGCACCUGGCAGAGAAUUUAUCCGGGAGGGUUGCUUGUACAAACUCACUAAAAAAGGUUUACAGCAGAGGAUGUUCUUUCUGUUCUCAGAUAUGUUGCUGUACACAAGCAAAGGAGUCACGGGUACCAAUCAGUUCAAAAUUCAUGGACACCUCCCUCUGCAUGGCAUGCUGGUGGAAGAGAGUGAGAAUGAAUGGUCUGUCCCACACUGCUUCACAAUCUAUUCAGCUCAGAAAACAAUAGUAGUGGCAGCAAGUACCCGUCUGGAGAUGAGGAAGUGGAUGGAAGACCUAAACAUGGCGAUUGAAAUGGCCAAAAAAUCGAGUGAGAAAUAUGACACGUUUUUGGAAAGCUCCAUGUGUAAUCGCUCUAACAGAUCCUCUGAUGAGGUCUCUCUAGAGCAGGAAUCCGAAGAUGACAUACAGUCUUCUCGUAGCUCCCUGGACAGGCAGAGCCACCACCGUGCCAACACUACAAUGCACGUGUGCUGGUACCGCAACACCAGUGUCUCCAUGACUGACCACAGUGUGGCUGUCGAGAAUCAGCUUUCAGGGUACCUGCUGAGGAAAUUCAAAAAUAGUAAUGGCUGGCAAAAGCUCUGGGUUGUCUUCACCAACUUCUGUUUGUUCUUCUACAAAACUCACCAGGAUGAUUAUCCGUUGGCCAGUCUCCCACUACUUGGCUACACAGUCAGCACCCCAGUGGAGGCAGAUGGCAUUCAGAAGGAUUAUGUCUUCAAGUUGCAGUUCAAGUCCCAUGUGUAUUUCUUCAGGGCUGAGAGCAAGUACACCUUUGAGAGGUGGAUGGAAGUGAUUAAGAGAGCCACAAAUUCUCCAGGGAGAUCGAGCCUGUUGAUUCCCAUGGAUGAAAAGGAUGUUCACACAAACUGAAGGGGGCAGAGCUGGGUCUCUGCUGUAGACGUCUGUAGUGCAAUGGGAUGGAACCAGGAGGGGGUGGGGUUGAUAAAGCAGUAACAUGAGAUGCUUGUUUCCACCUGGUGUGGAAGUUAGAUGGACAAGGGGAGUGAUGAACUGGGGUCACAUCAGGUUAGACUGGACUAGAAGAUGUAAAGUCUGCUACAGUCAAAACUAACUGGAGAGGUAAUGAACCUUAACAAUGGCUGCAAAAUUCCAUUCCAUGGGAAUCCCAUGGUUUGCUGUGUGCAUGCAUUGCAUUCCAGUUACAGGUUCUGUAUGGUAUACAGUGGCAUGUCCUGAUGGAGACAGAUGGCCACGUUCAUUGUGAUUGGGUGUGUCAGUUGUGUUUCUUGGUCCAUAACUGCGGAUAUCAGGCUUUCUGGCCCCCGGGAGUUCCCUUCUGACACUCAGUGUGGCUAAACCUCUGGACUGUCGGCUGCCGUAGCUUCAACCUGCUGGCCACAAACUUCUUGGACUAACUGGGGAUCUGCAGAUGUAUCCAGCUGUAAGGCCUGAAUUCACUUUAAUUUCAAACAGAAAAUACAGCUGCUGUAAAAUCACGGAGCUCUUCAGGAAAUUGCCAUGGCAACAACUUCACUUUUUUUCGGGGAUGGGAGGAAAUGGGGAGAACAUGAAGCUUUUAGUUUUAGAGGUAUCUCAUUUUACAGCUUGGAGCAGGAGACCUGUAUGAGAGAACACACAUGGUUUCCUUAGAGCUCAGAGCCUGCUCUGCUACAUGCUGAGGGGCCUACCAGAUAUAUUUAUUAUACCUCCAGAGUCCUCUGCAUCCAUCAUGGAGUGGAGGGCUCCUCUUACAAACCCUUUAAUCACCCUCCGCUAGUGAGACAUUAUUUAAGGCAGGGAUGGCCAAAGCACUAACCACAACAUCCUCCAAUGCAAUAUGUUGCUGCUCUUGAGUGGUAUUUUCAAAGGUGCCUAAGUGAAAUAGGCAUAUAAGCCCCAUUGAAAGUCACUGAUACUUGUGUUCCUAUGCUACUUAAGAGUGUUUGAAAAUCCCAGCCCUUAUCUCUCUGGAGGUGGCAUCCAUCUUCAGCUUUAACAUGGUGUGACGGUCACCUGCAUCAAGGUGGAGCAUUAUAUCCUGGCACCUGCUCCCUGUGGGGUUGUGCCACCAUAUUCAAGAUAAAAAUAGUUUGUCUACCCCACUUCCUGCGGAUAUGCUGUUUCCUUUGGAUGCUGUGCAAUGCAGCACUUGAUUGGGCAAGUUAUGGAUGCCCCUGAUCUAAGGACUGGUAAAGUUGUAAUAAGCUGAAAGUAAUAAAUGCUGCUGAUAGGUAACAUAGCUUAGAGGGGCUGAUUUAUAUUUCAGGUGGGAAAGUAUUUGUGUCAGGGAAGAAACAAUAAGGUGUUAGAGAGAGAUAAGAAAGUGCUGUGUGGUGCGAGGAUGGCAGAAACAAGAGGAAACCGGAGACACCUGUGGAACACGAGAGAUGCAGGGGCUUGCAUGUGCAACUGUUUCUCCAGAGAGAGACGCUCCUGGGUGGUGUUGGUUCAAAGUCUGACGUGUGCUGAAUGGGAAAGGACUAAGAUCCCAGAUGGGAAGAUUCUAGGUAGAAGAUUUCAUGACUUUCACUUGGCACCUUCAUCCAUAAAGGAGCAGAGACUGGACCAGUGCAUCAUGAUGAUUGUCCAUUGUAAGUUAAAUGUACUUUAAUUUAUUAGUGUCUUAAAAUAAACUGUUGUAGAUGUA